CUAAAAUAUUUUCAUUUCUUAACUUUUUUUAAAAAAUGCAAGAGGACCAGGGUACUGUACUUCUCUGGAAUAAGAAUGAAGUCAUUGCAAAUAAGCAUGCUUCAUCAUCCUGCCCUAGAAAAUAAGCAACGCCUUUGUUUCCUUGCUGUCAGGAGUGGAAUGAUUAUAAGCUGCAGUGGAACCCUUUGGAUUUCGACAACGUCACUUCGAUCCGGGUGCCUUCCGAAAUGAUCUGGAUCCCGGACAUCGUGCUCUAUAAUAAUGCUGACGGGGAGUUCGCCGUGACGCACAUGACGAAGGCCCACCUCUUCUCCAACGGCAGCGUCAAGUGGGUCCCGCCAGCCAUCUACAAGAGCUCCUGCAGCAUCGACGUCACCUUCUUCCCCUUCGACCAGCAGAACUGCAAGAUGAAGUUCGGUUCCUGGACCUACGACAAAGCCAAGAUUGACCUGGAGAGCUUGGAGCGCCACGUGGACCUCAAGGACUACUGGGAAAGUGGGGAGUGGGCCAUCAUCAACGCAGUGGGCACCUACAACACCAAGAAGUACGACUGCUGCACGGAGAUCUACCCGGACAUCACCUACAGCUUCAUUAUCCGCCGCCUGCCGCUCUUCUACACCAUCAACCUCAUCAUCCCUUGCCUCCUCAUUUCGUGCCUGACGGUGCUGGUGUUCUACCUGCCCUCCGACUGCGGCGAGAAGAUCACGCUGUGCAUCUCCGUCCUCCUCUCCCUCACCGUCUUCCUCCUACUGAUCACGGAGAUCAUCCCGUCCACCUCCCUCGUCAUCCCACUCAUCGGCGAAUAUCUGCUCUUCACCAUGAUCUUUGUCACCCUCUCCAUCGUCAUCACCGUCUUCGUCCUGAACGUCCACCACCGCUCACCCAGCACCCACAAGAUGCCGCAGUGGGUCCGCACGGUCUUCCUGGAUUUUAUCCCUCGCUGGCUGUUCAUGAAACGGCCCCUUUUGUUGCCCCCAGGAUUGAAGGUGGGCAGCGAGGACGUGAUGGGGCACUACGAGGUGCCUCUGGCGAAUCUUAGUACCUCGCGGUGUUGGCUGGAGACGGACGUUGAUGACCCGUGGGAGGAAGAAGACGACGGCCCCGAGGAGAGGAGGCAUGCCGGCCACUUGCCUCUCCCUGGGGUCUGUCACCAUCACGCCCUCCAGUACCACUACAGCUGUGUCCCUGGGCAACGGGGCAGGCGCUUCAUGGAGCUGAUCCAGCCCCCGGCCACCCAAACUGGGAAUCCUGCAUCUUCUGAGAAGGACCUGCCGCUGUCCCCAAGCAUCAUGAGAGCCCUGGAGGGUGUGCGGUACAUCGCGAACCACCUGCGGGCCGAGGACGCUGAUUUCUCGGUGAAAGAAGACUGGAAGUACGUUGCCAUGGUGAUCGACCGCAUCUUCCUCUGGAUGUUUGUCAUCGUCUGCCUACUGGGGACGAUUGGUCUUUUCCUCCCCCCUUUCCUGGCGGGCAUGAUCUAGCGUCAGACCGGUGGUGCCCAGGACGGAGAGCUGCGCCUCCUCGCAGAGGGCAACCCCAGCCCUGGGGCCUUCGUGGGAGAGGCCACGCAAAGUCUGAUUCACCCACCCAACAGCUCCAGCGAGGGAAUUAUCCGGUAGAUCCAGGGCAAGCCAAGAUCAGAAGCCUCUCCAGGCCUUGGGACUGAAAACGUCCAUCCUUUGUCCAUUAAUGGAACUGGGUUUUACAACGGAGGAAAUGUAACAGGGAACUUUCCUCUGGAAGACCCUCACCUCUCAUUAUUCGGAGAGGUCAAGGAUGGGCGUACAAGAGGACCACCGAGGCAUAAAGUGGCGGUAUGGAAACAUUGGCAGACCAGCUUCUUGAGAAUUUUCUUGAAAGCUGCUGGUAGUGCUCACCUCUGGUUAGCUCCGUGGAGCAAAAUACCUGCCCUUAGGACAGCAUGCUUUUGUGUGGGAAACAAGAGAGGAAAGGGGGACAGAGAGGGAGAAUAAGCAACGAGGCUUAGUCAGUCGUAAGGAUCCCUGAAGGGCACAUGGGGGGCAAAAGAAUUAACUGGGAUGAGUUGGCGAUGCUCUUAGGAGAGCAGCGAAACCUUCUCCUCAA